UUAUGGCGAAAAAUCGGCGACGGGCACCUGGUGCAGGGCGGUGAGGCCGUCUACGUUGGCCGUGUCAAUGUCGGCCCCGGCACCAAGCAGACGGUCAACCUCGUCAAGGUCUCCGGCGGCGCAGGCGGCCAGGAAGACGCAGCCGGCCGAGAAGCGCACCUUCCUGCGCUCUCCUCGCUUCGGCAUCGUUGACUCUGCAUUGGUCUUUGAUUCCUCCCAUUGUUUCAGCUGCUCAGCCCGCUUGAACAGCGCCGAGUUGUUGCGCGUCUCCAGCGACAUCCCGCACGUCCGACGCGCAUCCAGCAACCCUGCUUCGGACGGACGCACGCUCGCUUCGGAACACCGAGCCACGACACUUCACUUUUCUCUUUGAUCUCUCUCGCUCGGCUCUCUCGGCCGUGUGCUUUCUUCUUCUUUCUUGUUCCCGACGGCGCCUCUCGCGGUCGCUCGGGUCGACAAUCUCUCUCGUAAACAGUUCUGAAAACAGCCACGGGAAUCGCUAAAUAGCAGAACCAGUCCUUUAAAAGGGUAGUAGGAGAAGGAGUUGUGAAUCUUGCAGUAAACUAUGUUUAAAAACUAGCUUUUAUAACCUUUCUCCGGAAUAAAUUUUUUUAUUUUUUAUAUUUAUAACUAUAAUUUCAUUUAUUUUCUCCUUGAAUUUAUUCAUAUUUAGUACUUUUUAAAACAAAUCUUUCAAAAACUCUAACUCUCUUACCUACACACAUCUCGAUCUCACUUGAUUAAAAUCAACAUUAAAAUUUUGACAUUUUGGAAUCAUCAUUAAAAACUUAUUUUCCAUCGAAUUCUGGGAUUUCUUGCAACUAAUUCAAGUGCAGCGAGGAAGAUGAGUGAAAAGGGUACCUUUCUGGGUAACCGGUUGCCACCGUACAUGAAGACAUUCUCCAAGAACGCCGGAAAUAUCUCUAAAAACACAUUCCGACUUCUAAUUCAAUUGGCAGUCAAUUUGAUUGAGAAGCGGCCGAUUGUGGACGGCGCUCUGCAGAAAGUCGAAGCUCAGGUGGGGCCCAUCGAAAAUCUUGAGCAGCUUUUCGCUGGUGUUUUCUUCCUCAUCAACACAUUUCUUCGACAACCAUCUGGAUCUGUUAAAAAAGAACUAUUGGCUGACGAUCUUAAAGAACUCAAACUGAAUGAUGAAUCGGUGGCUGAUCUUACAAGUGUUCUAUAUGGGCCAAAAGCAGCCAUCUGGGAGAAAAGUUUGACAUCUGAAACACCACGCUGGCCGAGCAUCCAGUUGCUGAAUUGGAGUCUCGAUAUGACCGUUUCAGAAAGUGAAAACAAAGUUUUCGAACCUUGUCUGGUGCUGGAGCUUGAGUUGUCCAACGCUGAAAAACACAAAUUUCACAUGACCAUUGGACAGUUUCAUAAGCUGCGACACCGAGUUGCAGCCCUUCUCGCUGAAAUGGCCUCGCUGGAGAAGAGGAGCUUUUUCAAACAGUGAUAAAUUUUAUCCAUCAGAAAAUUAUCAAUGCAUGCAACUUUUUGCGUAGCAGAAUCAAAUAAAUUUCUCGUUUUGAUAAAUGAAUUCAAAACUAUUUAAAGUAUAUUCACCACUAAGUGGUGUGAACAGAGUAAAAUAAAUAAUAAAUUUCCAUAAAAAAAAUCACU